GGGGGGUCACCUUCACCGCCUUCACGUUCGGCAUUCAGCGUCCUCCGCUCACAUACAACGCGAGUUUCAGUUUCAAAAGUGCGUGAGGAUUUCGCCGGUUCAUCCGUCGUUUCUGUUCUGAAAGUGAAACUAUCCUUGCGUUCCUGCCGGUUCUUCAGCUUUUUGUUGAAUUGAAAGUAUUGACAACUAAGUAAUUCUUGUACAAAGAUGGUGAAAGAAGUAAGAGCUUUAGGAAGCCCAUGUGGAAAGGUCAUGUCAGCAAGAUAUGUCUUAGCUAUUCUGGGAUCUGUUGGCCUGGGCAUAAUAUAUGGUCUUAAAGUUAAUCUCCACGUUGCUAUAGUUAGUAUGGUGAAGCAUGGUCCUUCGAACUCCACUCAAAAUCAAAAUGUUACUAAUAAUCUGACUAGGCCAGCCGAAACAUGUGGAGAAGAAGAUAUUACCAAUAGUACCACAAUCACAGCAGAGCAAGGGCCUUUUGAUUGGUCCACAUCCGUCCAAGGUCUUUUACUGAGCGCCUAUUUCUGGGGCUAUAUAGUAGCUCAAAUACCCGGCGGCAGAAUAGCCGAACUCUUCAGUGCAAAAUGGGUGAUGUUCUUUUCCGUUGCCAUCAAUGCAGUGUGUACACUUCUUACCCCUGUCAUGGCCAAUCUACACUUUGGUGCUUUGAUUGCGAUGCGAAUUGGUGAAGGUAUAGGAGGAGGAGUGACCUUUCCAUCCAUGCACGUGAUGUUGGCGCACUGGGCUCCUCCGAAUGAAAGAAGUGUCAUGAGCAGUAUUGUCUAUGCUGGAACAGCUUUGGGUACAGUCGUAUUCAUGUUGAUAUCUGGAAUAAUUGCGGGAAACAUAGGCUGGGAAGCGGUUUUUUACAUAGAAGGAGGGAUUAGUAUCUUGUGGUUGCUUCUAUGGGGUGUAUUUAUAGCUGAUACCCCAAAAAGUCAAAGGUUUAUUUCGGAAGAUGAACGGAAAUUCAUAGAAUCAUCACUGAAUCAUGGAUCAGAAUCAAAACAAGAGACCAAAUACCAAAUGCCUUGGAAAUCAGUCCUAACAUCACCAGCCUUUUUGGCAAUACUGGUGGCUCACACUUGCUCCAAUUGGGGCUGGUAUAUGGUACUCAUCGAGCUUCCCAUGUACAUGAAAAAUGUCUUACGUUUCAAAAUAUCCGAAAACGCCAUUCUGACUGCACUUCCCUUCUUAUGCAUGUGGUUGUUUAGCAUGAUCCUAAGCAAAACUUUGGACACUCUGAGAGCUAGGAAGAUCAUAACUACAACGAUAGCCAGAAAAACUGCGACUGGAUGUGCCAGUAUUGUUCCUAUGAUCUGCUUCAUUGCGCUAAGUUAUAUCAGUUGUCAGAGGGCGGUAGCAGUUGUGCUUAUGACUAUUGCGAUUAUGUCUAUUGGAGGAAUGUUCUGUGGAUUUUUGUCCAACCAUAUCGAUAUCGCACCAAAUUUUGCUGGAACCUUGAUGGCAUUGACUAAUACUGUUGCAACUAUUCCUGGAAUUAUUGUACCCGUAUUUGUAGGAAAACUGACUGAACAUGAUGAAUCUAUAAAAUCGUGGAGAAUAAUAUUUUGGACUACAGUGGGACUAUAUAUUGUAGAAAUUUUAGUAUAUAUGAUAUUUGGUUCUGGAGAAGAACAAUCCUGGAACAAAGUUGAAGAUGAAGCCAACGAAACUCAACCGCUGAAACCAAAGAAAGAAGAAUUAAAGAAAAAGUUAAGUGCAACCGAAAAAAGCUCACCUUAAUAAUGUCCAGAAUCAUAGGCUAUUUUCAAGAAAAAUUACUUUAGUACACUAGUAAAACAUGAUAUGACAAAUUAUGCAGCUUUUGCCUACAUUACUAUUUCUGAAUAUGUUUUUAAAGCCACUUUACAUUGGGGCCAUCUAAGACAAUAAUACUUUGUGGAGUGAUUAUCAGCAUCAUCACCCAACCCUUUGUGUCCACUGCUGGACAAAGGCCUCCCUCAUUUUUGUCCAUUGUGCUCUAUUUUGAGCACUUUGCAUCCAAUUUCUUGACAUUUUCUUGAGAUCGUCAGUCCAACGAGUAGGGGCUCUUCCUCUACUUUCUUUUGUCUAAUCUCGGCCUCCACUCAAGUAAUCUCUUCGUCUACAUUUCAUCACUGAUUCGGGCGACGUAUCCGGCCCAGUUCCAUUUCAGUGUGCCAAUUCGGGAAAUUACAUCGGUAACUCCUGUUCUUCGUCUUAACUCUUCAUUUCUAACUCGGACACGAAGCAACUUACUCAGUAUUGACCUUUCCAUUUUCCUUUGAGCUAUUUGCAGCGUUUUAAAAGUUGUAGAUGUCAAUGUAAAUGUUUCGGCACCAUAGGUCAUCACAAGCAACACACAUUGAUCAAAUGUUUCACGUUUUAAAGAAAUUGUUAUAGACAUUUGUCGCUUUUAAAGAUGUCUUUGAGUUUUUUAUAGGCUGCCCACGCUAAGUUUAUUCUUCUUCGUAGUUCGCAUGUUUGGUUGUCUCUUGUGUCUUGGAGUGAUUAUAUUGGUGUUUAUUUUAAAGAAAAUUAAUUUUUUGUUUAUCUCCGCUUUUGUACCUUUUAGUACCUCGUACAUAAACAAAAUAAACAUAUCUAAAGUGAAAACAAUCGCAGUAGAUAUAGAAAUCUCAGAGUUUUAUAAUGAAAAAUUUUAAGCAGUAAUUGCACGAGAGCUCUAAAAUUAUCGAUUUUUAUCCUGAGUGACGCUUUGACAGUUUUAAUUUCACGACCCGAAGGGGAGUGAAAUUAUGUCGAAAGUGUCACGAGGGCAAAAAUUCGAUAAUAAUUUUAGAGAUCGAUGGUAAUUCGCUCAUUAUUUCAUGACUAAAACUCUCUUUUUAAAUCAUUUUAACUAAUGUUUUAUUGAUAUCUUCACCUGAACAUUUGCUAAACCUGUUUCUUGGUGUUCUCUGUGAUAAGUUGUAAAACAUUAAUUGUCAUUAAUGUCAAUGAAUGUUCAUUUUUGCCUAGUAACGAAGAGCAUCUGACGUAAUGUUUGACGACGGGAUAUUAUCAAAAAUUAUCGCUGUGAUUUUUAUUUCUGUAGCUUUCUAUUGGUCAGAAUCUCCUAUGAAUGAAAUAAUCUAAUUAAAUAUUAAUAAGACAUAGCCAUAGAUGGUCGUUUACUGAUCAAAAUUUAGUAUUGAUCUGAUAUAGUGUCGCAAUGUAAAGUGGUUCUCGAUGAUUUUUAAAUUAGGUCUGCAAUAUCGACUGAUGCUUUUGAUGUCAAUAUAGAGUUAAGUAAUAUACACACAUAUUCAAAAGUCUGGGUCUUCCUAUCAUUAUCAUCAUUAUCAUUAUCAUCAUCAUCAUCAUCAUCUGUCAACCUGACCAAAUAUGGCUGCUUCAUUUCUGCAUUUGAUCUCUUUACUUAUUGGGUCUAGCUGGUCUGUAUUACAGCAUCCUAGAUAUUUAAACUGAGUAACUCUCUCAACGUUUUGUGGAUCUAUCUGAUCUGAAGGGAAGCAUUGUCCUGAGGUUGGCGACUUUAUUUCAUAAACUAUGUCUUAGAAGCAUUUAGAAACGCAUUCAGAACAUAUAAAACAAGUUGAUUAAGAUUUUUAUAUCUAGGACAAUCUUACUGAUAAUUAUGUAUAAGUACCAUUUUUAAAUUUGGAGAAAAAAAAUAUUUUGCGUUAAUGGAUUAAAAAGUCAAUUAUUUUUGCUCGGUUAAAUUGGGAAACCAAUCGAAUGAUAUUUUUUAAGCCAUUUCAGUUUUUAAAUACCUUUGAAUAUUUUCAGGUGAAAAAAGUUUUUGUUACCAUAUUGAGUUUUAUGAUGAUACAAUAAAUAAUUAAUGUACAAAAAUAAUGGUCACAUUACAUUGAAUUACGUAUGAAUUAAAUAGGAAAACCAAGACUAAGAUACAGUUUUGUCCAAAAUAUAUUUUUACUAUAAGUAUAUAACGAGUCUGAACUUAGUUUUUACAUACCUACAAAUAGUAUUAUAGAAUAAGAAUUAAUUGUUAGACAAAUAGAGAAUUAUUUUAAGACGUGUUAAGAGAGUUUUAGUAUAGUCUAUUUAAUAUCUAUAUUUAAGUUAAUUAUGUAAGUAUAGUCCUAAUAAAGUUUUUAAUUUAAAA